ACAUCAAGAAACACUGUGACAAAAUGGCGGAGGAUCAAGCUGCCAAUCUGAAAGCAGCAGUUGUCAUGCGUACAAAUGAAGACGGUCAAUUACCGGACUACGUUAAUAAACAGCUUAAAGACUUAAGAAGAUUAAGUGCCGAGGUUUCUAUGCCAGAAGUAUAUCAGAGUUAUAUCGCAGAAAUAAAAAACGUGCGUUUAAAAACUAUGGCUCAGCUAAUGUCAGAUGAACGAGUUCAGCCGUUUGUAAAGGGUUGUGUGGAGCUCUGUUGGCUAAUGACAUUACAAGAUCCACCGGUCGUUUUUGGGCCUGAACCGAAAGUAGGGGAU